GAUAGUUGGCAGAUGUGGUGAAUUUCUUUUCACACUGUGCGCUUCAUUCGAAGAAAAGUGAUUUUUCUUAGCUAGAUUUUUCGCUGUCGUGUUUGCUGUAAAUUCGUAUGAAUUAUUUAAUCUGUUUGGAAUAAAAAUCCACUUAGAUUAACACUCCAGCCAGCCGAACCACAGUUUUAAAAAUCUUCGGUUAAACAUUCUCAAAAACAUAAAACAAAUACAGAACAAAAAUCUUAAUUUAAACUUUUCGAUUUAAAAAAAAAAGGAAGAAAGAAAACAAGAUGGGGAACACGUUUUCGAAUCUAUUCAAAGGUCUCUUUGGCAAAAAAGAAAUGAGAAUACUUAUGGUCGGAUUAGAUGCCGCUGGUAAAACCACAAUUCUGUACAAACUCAAAUUAGGCGAAAUUGUAACAACGAUACCUACUAUUGGUUUCAACGUCGAGACUGUAGAAUACAAGAAUAUUAGCUUUACAGUGUGGGAUGUAGGUGGCCAAGACAAAAUCCGACCAUUGUGGAGGCAUUACUUCCAAAAUACACAAGGUCUCAUAUUCGUCGUUGACAGCAAUGACAGAGAACGUAUUGGUGAAGCGAGAGAGGAAUUGUUGCGAAUGUUAGCUGAAGAUGAACUCAGAGAUGCUGUAUUACUUAUAUUCGCCAACAAACAGGAUCUGCCAAAUGCAAUGAACGCAGCCGAAAUCACUGACAAGCUUGGUCUGCACUCACUCAGAAACCGCAACUGGUACAUUCAAGCGACGUGUGCAACAAGCGGCGAUGGUCUAUACGAGGGUCUUGAUUGGUUGUCCAAUCAACUUAAGAACGCCAACCGCUAAGAUUGAAUUAAUUAAAAAAACAAAAACAAAAAAAUAUAUAAUAAUAAAUAAAAUAAAAUUAAAAACAAAAAAGAAAACAAUUUAAAUUAACUUAAAAUCAACCAACAACAAAAUAAGAAACUUUUAAAUUUAUAUAUAUAUGUUAAUUGAAGAAAAAAAAGGAAAAACACAAAGGAAAAAGAAACUUUUAAUAAUUUUCCUUUCGUACAAUAUAAACAAAUUUCGAGGAGAGAGAAAAUAACAACAAAAAAACACGAAAAACUCAAACAAAACAAAACAAUACCACACCAACCAACAACAACAACAAGCGGAGAACCCCGAAAUGAGAAUAAUUAUAAAUAAUUAUAAUUAUAAAUAUAUAUAAAUAUUAGUUUGCCGGGCGGGACACCUAAUCAUUUAAAGUAAUUAUUAUUAAUUAAACAAAAUACAUUUAUUAUAUAGGAAAGCACCACGGAAAUCUAUAUAAAAAAGAAAACAAAAAUAUUUCAAACAAUUCUAAAAAGCGAGGAAUUGUUUUUCCUUCUUUCGUGAAUUCAAUUUUAGCAUAAAGUUCUUAAAAAAUAUACCUAAACACACACUUUUCGUUUAAACAAAAGUAAAAAGCAUGAGAGACGAUCGAAAUUUGUUGCCUCUUUCUCUACUACUCAAAAACUCAACAAAUUCACCCGAUGAUGACGGCUACGCGACAUUGUGUUUCUCCUACUUCUUUAAAAAGAAAACAAAUAAAACAAAAAAAGAUAAAAAGUUAUAGAUAGUAAUGUUGUCCAACUCAGUUUUAAUUUUCUUAUGAUUUUAUAAAUAAAGAUAAAUUACAAAACGAAAACAAAAGAAA